UCCCGGACGCCGGGCGGGCGGGGAGACCUAGCGGCAGCAGCAGCAGCAGCAGCGGGAGGCCUACCUUGCAGGGAGGUCGGAAGCCGCUCAGCCUUCCUCACCGCAGCGCCCCUGCCGCCCUUGACCAUGAGGAGGGGGCCGGCGCAGGUGGGCCUCACCUUCGCCGACGUCUCCGUGCGCUUCUCCCGAGAAGAGUGGGGGCUGCUGUCCGCGUGGCAGAGGGACCUGUACCGGGAGGUGACGGCGGACAACUACGCCAGCCUGGUGUUCCUAGGCCUCAUAACUGCCAAGCCACGGCUCCUUUCCAGGCUCCAGCGAGGGCGGCAGUGGCACGAAGAGGAGCCGGGUGGCCCCGCCUCACGCCCCUCCCUGGCCAGGAACGGAUGCAGACCUUCUCCAAGCCCAGAGCCUGAAGACCCCUCCCCUGAAAGACGACAAGAGAGCCCACGAGGAAGCAUCUCUCCCCAGCCCAGACACCAUCCGGAACCAAGCGAGUGUCCGCUUAAGCAGAAGAGCGGCUACAGGUGCCAUUAUUGUGGGAAAACCUUUGGCAGCCGUGGAAACUUGUCUGUGCACAAGAAAAUCCACACGGGAGAGAAACCGUACAAAUGCCCAGCGUGUGGGAAGAGGUUCAAUCGCAGCCAGCACUUAGCGGCGCACAAGAGAACCCACACAGGGGAGAAGCCGUUCCCGUGCCCGGACUGUGGGAAACGGCUUGGCCGGAAAGAAUACCUGUGCAAGCACGCCAUGAUCCACUCGGGCGAAAAGCCCUUCAGGUGUCCUGAGUGUGGGAAAAGGUUCCUCGAGAAAGCCACCCUCGCUCAGCACCAGAAACUGCACUCGGGGGAGAAGCCGUAUCAGUGCAGCGGGUGCGGGAGAAGCUUCGUCGCCAAGAAAGUUCUCCAGAACCACCAGAAAAGCCACUUGGGGCCUUACCCGUGCGCUGAGUGUGGGAAAGUGUACCGCUCACCUGUGGGCUUAAAGAUUCACCAGGGAGUCCACUCUGGAGAGAAGCCAUUCACGUGUGCUGAGUGCGGGAAAGGCCACCCCAGCAAAGCCCUCCUGAAGUCCCACCAGCUGUCCCACCAGAAAGCCCGGCUGUUUCUCUGCAGCUACUGCAACAAGGCCUUCAGGCAGAGGUCCACACUCGUGUCUCACCAGAACAUCCACAGCGAGGAGCGGCCUCACAAAUGCACGGUGUGCCAGAGCAGCUUCCGCCGCAGGAGCGCCCUUCAGAAGCACCUGAGGGUCCACACGGGAGAGAAACCCUUUCCCUGUGCCGAGUGCGAGAAGCGGUUCACCAGCAAAUACAGCCUCCAGGUCCACCAGAAGAUCCACACGGGGGAGAAGGCCUUCCAGUGCAGCUACUGCGAGAAGAGUUUCCGUCGGCACAGCCAGCGUCAGAAGCACGCGCUUGUCCACACAAAGCAGAGGCCGGAGUGCGGCCAGUGCGGGAAGAGGCUGCGCACCCAGAGGGAACUAACAAUGCACCAGAGAGUCCACACUGGGGAGAAGCCCUUCCCAUGCCCCCGCUGCGACAAGAGGUACCACCGGAAAAACGAUUUGGCAAAGCACCUGAAAAAUCGUUGCAAGGAAUGAACUGCCACCAUAGCGGAGCUGCAAUGGGACCGCGUGACAGAUCUCGGCACCUGGCUUCAAGUAUGCCCCAGCACAACUUCUGCUCACCUUGUGAGGAGAGAAUGUCUUCUUUAUUUAGCUGAAUGAAUCCCUGUGCAGCCAAAGAAGGAACUCUUCCGGGUUCCUAGGGGACGCUAGAGAAAACAGAGCGAGAGAGAAACAAAGGCUGCUUCCACACUGGGGUAAGAGAUCUGCUCUGCGUGCGCCACCGCACCAGCCACAGAGCAUGGGGCGGGGGGAGGAAAGGUCAGUAGGGCCGUAUCACUGGACAUAUACGCGCUUGUAGUCUCCGCGGCAUUGAGCGUUUAUUCCCUUUGGGCUGAUUCUUCCUAACGCACACGUUUCUCCCUCCCAAAGAUCAGAGAAUCUCUGCGGUUUACAAAACCUCUGAAAGCAAGACUUUUCCUCUCCCUUGGCUGGGGAAGGAAAGGGAGGCAGCCUGCACUUGGCUUGCAACAGGCUCUCUCGCGCCUGCUAUCUCCCCUCCCCAAUCCCCCCCCCCCGCCCCCCCGCAGCAGUUCCUCCCAGCCUUUGGAGCAGCAAUUCAGAGCAAUUAGAAGAGCUGUUUCUCAGUUGUUUAUGUUAACAAGGCCAGGCUAGUGCAAUAGACAGGUGAAAUCUACAUGAAAUGCACAUGGUCUAGCAAAAUAACACUAGAGCCAAGAUGCAAAACACACAAAAACAAAAAGGCAGCAUAGAGCAACCUCUCCAGCUAGAGGGUGCACAGAGGGUGGGUGUGUAGGCUAGGGACACUUCACAGCAAGGGAAUCCUGUUUAAACAAAACAAAAAUGGGGAGAACCCAUUGCAAAACUGACGGUUGUGGGGUAAGCGCUGCAUGCAGACCAGGUGCUCGGGAGCAGCAGCUGCAGAAGGCCAUUGCUUUCACAUCCUGCUUGUGAGCUCCCAAAGGCACCUGGUGGGCCACGGCGAGUAGCAGAGAGCUGGACUAGAUGGACUCUGGUCUGAUCCAGCAGGCUCUGUCUUAUGUUCUGAUGAUGUCUGACUGUUGAUGCUAUCGUGCCUGGGUCACGGCGGCAGAAGAACGUAUGAUUGGCCGCAGGUGAAUUCUGAUCAGGGACGCACCCUCUGCCCAUUAGCAGGACAGAAGAGGCCAGCUAGCCAAACAGCUCUGUACGCACAGUGGUUCAUCACUGGGCAGAUGGCUCCGUGUCCCCCUCCCCUGGAUUUCUACUGCACAAUCUCAGGUCUCGUUCACACACACACCGCACGUACGGCUCCUUUUCAGCCCCUUCUGUUUUAUGUACAAUUUGCUAGUUUAUCACAAAAUAUCAGAUCUGAUUAAAAUGUUCAUAAUUUUUUUUAAAAAA